AUGUACUUUCUCGGAGGGUGGUCGCCCUUCAGAGGCGCUGUUGCUGCACUCAUCCUUUCUAGCGUAGCACGCGCAAUCGAUUUGGAUAUCACCGAUGAACAGUCGAUCAAAGAUGCCGCGAGUACGACGACUUACGCUAUGAUGAAAUACUAUUACGGCAACGAGACUGGUCAAAUCCCUGGAGCCUUUCCAGACAAAUGGUGGGAAGGAGCUCCACUCUUUAUGGCCCUCUUAGAAUACUGGCACUUUACUGGCGACACAACAUACAACGAGGAACUAAGUGUUGGAUUGCAAUGGCAAUCAGGCACAGACGGGGACUAUAUGCCAAGCAACUACAGUUCUUACCUGGGAAACGACGAUCAGAUGUUCUGGGGUCUAGCAGCUAUGACGGCCACUGAAUACUCAUUCCCGGACCGCUCGACUGGAUUCUCAUGGCUCUCUCUAGCCCAGGGUGUCUUCAAUACUCAGAUCAAAAGAUGGGAUACAUCCUCUUGUGGCGGUGGUCUACGGUGGCAAAUUUGGCCCUACCAGUCGGGCUACGGAAUGAAAAAUUCUAUUUCUAAUGGAGGGUUAUUUCAAUUAUCUGCGCGGCUAGCCCGCUACACCGGAGAUGCAAUCUAUCUCAAAUGGGCUAACAAGAUUUGGGAUUGGUCUGUCUCAUCCCCUUUGCUGAGCAACUCAACAUGGAAUGUUGCUGAUUCCACGGAUGUUGACAAUGAUUGUGCGACCCAGGGAAAUGCCCAAUGGACGUACAACUAUGGCACAUACCUGAUGGGGGCAGCGUAUAUGUACAACUACACAAACGGGACUGCCCAGUCUCAAUGGCUGACGGCAGUAAAUGGCCUAUUGAACAAGACGUUCGAGAACUUUUUCCUCACCGGUGGAAUUAUCGAGGACUAUUACUGUGAACCUGCAGAAAACUGCAAUAACAAUGAGAUCCUGUUCAAAGGACUGACGUCUACCUGGUUGUCCUUGACUGCUGUGCUUGUUCCAUCAGCAUUUGACAGCAUUAUCCCGAAGCUCCAAACAUCAGCCCAGGCAGCCGCUGCAUCAUGCACUGGCCACAGCAAUGGCACUUGUGGUGUCCGGUGGUACAAGUCUACAUGGGACGGGUGGAUGGGAAUGGAAGAACAAAUCAGCGUGACAAAGGUGUUCACAGCAAAUUUGAUCAAUUUUAACAAUACUGCGCCGGUAACUUCGGCAACUGGUGGAAAUAGUACUAGCAACCCGACGGCAGGCGAAAGCGAUACUACUACUUCCACUCAAACGACCACAGUGACAACCACUGAGAAGGCGGGCGCUGGCAUCGUGACCGCAGUUUUCGUGGCUGGUUGGAUUGGACUCGUGGCUUUCAUGAUACUUGGUGGUUGA